ACUUCUGCAGCUGGAGACAGGAGUUGUUGGUCUUCCUCUGCAGGUCAGAGCCCUCGCCACUGAUACCAUGACCGGGUUUGUGGAACGCAUCCCCCGCCCUCCUCAACCAAAGGGAGCGACUCUAGGAUUUUCAAAGUUGCUUGGUUGCGCCAUUCCUGUUGCUCAGAUCGCAAUUGGGUCUGUGUAUCUGGACGACUGUCCGGUGCAGCCCUACAUCCCCAUCUACUUGAUCGUAUCGGGGGUAUUCGGCCUGAUGCUGGCGCUGCUCACCUGCAUGCCCUUCUCCCAGAAGCCCGAAGAUGGCACCAGCAGCCCCAUCAAUCGAGUCUGCGUCAUGUGGAACUCGCUGUCGUCCUGCUUCCUCUUCUGCUGGUUCAUCACCGGCAAUGUGUGGAUCUACUCUAUUUACCAGCCGGAAUACACCAAGAACUCAACGAACUUGGACGUUUACUGCGACAAGACGCUCUACCUGUUCGCCUUCUGGAUCACGACUCUGGCCUACAUCCUCUUUGGCGUGAUUCUUCUGUGUAGCUGCUGCGUUAUGGUCUGCUUCUUCCUGUGUGGCCGAGCCGACGCAGACGACAACAUCUAGAGACUUUUGCCGAUGGAGGAAACUGUUUAGCCGUGUGAGAGGCACGUCUUGUGCAACAAGACGAAUCUGUGCUGUGGCAGCUCUGAUAGACACAAGAGUAACUCUGAAGAUUCUACCGAUUUUUAACACUGAUUAUAAAUUAAGGAUUCCUAAUCGCCGAGCCCUCCCUCACUGUCUCUCCCAGCAUGAUUUGUUUAUAUGUGCAGCCGGAAAAUGAGGUUCAAGCUUUGUACAUGAUGAAAUGAUUAAAUGCCUGUUCUGUGUGAAUUCA